AUGAAGUCCACUAUUGUUAAGUAUGAACAGGACCAAAGAAAGGAUGAAGCUUUCAAUCUUGGAAGCAGUUGGUUUGACCCUGAGAGAAGUCGGUUAGAUCUUGCCCGUAUGAUUAUAUUACAUGGCUACCCCAUAGCCAUGGUUGAACAUGUUGGAUUCAAGGUGUUUGUCAAGAAUCUGCAGCCGUUGUUCGAUAUUGGUAGAAUUAACCUCGCCGUUGAGAUGUGGUGUUCACCUGAGAAUUCUAAAUACGUAUGCUUGACAGCACAUUAUGUUGAUGAUGAUUGGAAACUACAAAAGACUCUUAAUUUCUUAACACUUGAUUCUUAUCAUACUGAAGACAUGCUUUCUGAAGUAAUUAUCAAGUGUCUACUGGAUUGGGACAUAGACUAUAAGUUGUUUGCCAUGACAUUUGAUGAUUGCUUGACUAAUGAUGACAUUGUCCCAAGAAUAAAAUAUCGGAUUUCUGAAAACAGGCCGCGUUUAAGCAAUGGUCAACUGUUAGAUGUGCGCUCAGCCGCACAUAUUCUGAAUUCAAUUGCUCAAGAUGCCAUUGAAGCUCUCCAUGUGGUCAUACAAAAGAUUCGAGGAAGUUUUAGAUAUGUUAAAAGUUCACAACUAAUACUAGUGAAGUUCAAUGAGAUUGCCCAGCAACACGGAAUCAAGAACCACAAGAGCUUAGUUCUCGACUGCCCUAUACGAUGGAAUUCAACAUACAUGAUGCUCGAGACUGCUGUAGAGUACAAGAAUGUGUUCCAUCGCUUUCCAGAUCUUGAUCCUGACCUUGCUUUAAGUGAUGAAGAGUGGGAACGGAGCUCAGAUGGUUUUCUUUGUUCAUUGGCAACAAAGAUGAAAGCUAAGUUUGAUAAAUAUUGGAGCAAGUGCAGCCUAGCUUUGGCUGUAGCAGCUAUCUUAGAUCCCCGAUUCAAGAUGAAGUUGGUUGAGUAUUACUAUUCCCAAAUUUAUGGCAGUACUGCUUUGGAACGAAUCAAAGAAGCAUCUGAUGGUAUCAAGGAACUCUUUAAUGCGUACUCUAUCUGCCCGACUUUGGUCGAUCAGGAUUCAGCUUCACCUGGCAGUAGCUUACCUAGCUGUAGUAAUGAUACUAGAUAG